UCCCCUUCCUUCGCCGCGUCAGCUGCGCGGCUUCAGGGCCGGUUGGCCGGGUCUGCCCGGAGGCCGAGGCCGGGCAGCUGUUGCGCCAAGGGGGGACAGCUGCGGAGUUCCAUAACCAUAGCAACCGCAUCAGCACCGCGGCGGCGGCGGCGGAGAGGGCAGCAUCCUCUCUUGCUCCUCCUCCAGGUAGCCUUGCUGCCCGCGGGGACCAGGGACGGAGACCCAGCUCACAGGUGCCGGACUCCCAGGUCCGCCCACUGCUGCUGCAAGUGUUGGCGCUGAAGAAGGUGACAGAGGUGCUACAGGGACCUCGGAGUGGUGGCCAGAGGCGGCGGCAGAGGGCAGCCCUGCGGUGGAGACAGGUAAUGAACCAAGAAGAUCAUGUCUGAAGUACAAGGAACGGUAGAGUUUUCUGUGGAGCUCCAUAAGUUCUAUAACGUGGAUCUGUUCCACAGAGGGUAUUACCAGGUCCGCGUGGCCUUGAAGGUGUCCUCAAGGAUCCCCCACAGACUGAGCGCCUCCGUCGUUGGGCAGACAGAGGCCGGCAGCCUGCACGCGGCCUGCAUCCGCGAGAGCACCGUGCACAGCCGCGUCUUCCAGAUCCUGUACAGGAACGAGGAGGUGCCCAUAGGCGACGCCGCCGUCUUCCGGGCUCACCUGCUGCUGGACGGUGAACGGGUGGAAGAGGCCCUGAGUGAAGUCGACUUUGAGCUCAAGGUGGACCUGCACUUCACGGACAGCGAGCAGCAGCUGCGGGACGCGGCGGGGGCCCCUGUGAUCAGCAGCCGGACGCUCGGCUUACACUUCCACCCCCUCCGAGGCCUGCACCACCAGGUGCCCGUCAUGUUCGACUAUUUCCACCUGUCGGUGAUCUCGGUGACCGUCCACGCCGCCCUGGUGGCCCUGCAGCAGCCCCUGAUCAGUUUUACUCGCCCAGGAAGAGGCUCCUGGCUUGGAAAGGGCGGCCCGGAAGUGGGCCCGGAGCAGUCCAGCCUUUCUCUGGAGAACCUGGUCUUCGGAGCUGGAUACUGCAAGCCGACUUCCUCCGAGCAGGGCAGCUUCUACGUGCCCUCGGAGAACUGCAUGCAGCGCGCUCACAAGUGGCACCGGGGGCUGUGCCUGCUGCUCCUGCACGCCUAUCGGGGGCUCCGCGCCUACUUCCUGCUCAUCAUGAGGGAUGUCCCGGAGCUGCCACACAUGGAGCUGGAGUCCCUCGCUGUUGAAGAAACGCUGAAUCGGCUGUGCUUGGAGCUACAGAUGCUGAACAACCCGGAGAAGAUAGCCGAGCAGAUAAGCAAGGACCUCGCCUGGCUGGCCUCCCACCUGAUGGCCCUGUGGACCCAGUUCCUAGACACGGUGACGCUGCACGCCCACGUGACGGCUUACCUCACGCAGGAGCAUCACACCCUGCGGGUGCGGAGGUUCUCCGAGGCCUUCUUCUACAUGGAGCACCACAAGCUCGCCGUCCUGACCUUCCAGGAGAACCUGGUGCAGUCGCACAGCCAGCUGUCCCUGGACCUGCGGAACUCGGAGUACCUGAGCACCAUGCCCCCGCUGCCCGCCGAGUGCCUGGACAUCGACGGCGACGGCAGCACCCUGCCCGUCAUCUUCGAGGACAGAUACGUGGACUGCCCCGCGCCAGCCACAAGUCCCGCCAAAAUGAGUUUAAAAGACAGAGAAGAGGACCCUCUUGUAAACAGAAAUUCAUCUUUUCGGGAAAACCUCAUCCUGCCCACCCCGAAACCACCCCAAAUGGACUGCGAUGAAGAGGUGCUUCGUGGGCCGGCGUCAGAGGAAGAGGUGGGCACCCCAAGUCCUGCGGACGUGCUUUCCGAGUCUCAGGUGUAUCUGACAAUUGGGGAGUCCCCGGACACAGCAGCUGUGCCUGCAGGUGAAGGUCGCACUGGCCAGAGGGCUGAUGUCGGGAUGGAUUCACUGGCAGAUGACGACCCGCCCGGAGGGAGUCCAGGCCCAGAGGAUGGCUGGGGCCCGACGCUGGCCUACCUUGAGGUCAAGUCCAGCAAUAAGCACCCAGGCCGAGCUGAACCCACAGUGGCCACGAGUGACCAGCACGGGGGUGGGCGCUUCCGCGAGAACCGUGAACUGGACAGCACUCUGCCAAGCAAAGCGCUGGCAGGCGGGAGUCGUCAGCCUGCCAUCUCGUGGGAGAAAACCCCGCUCCUGGAGUCAAGGGCUCCCGGGAAGGGAGCCGACCAGGAGGCCAAGACGCUGCUGCUAAGUCUGAAGCCCUUCCCCAGGGAGCCUUGCGGGCCACUGAGCUCUGCUCUGAGGGAUCCCCCGGAGGCCAGGGCUGCCCUGAGGGACCCGCCCCCAGAGGAGCAGGAGGAAGGGUCCGUGCUGUCCGGGGUCAUCAAGAGAUCGUCCUCGCUCAUCUCGGAUUCAGGCAUUGAGAGUGAGCCGAGCUCCAUGGCCUGGUCCGAGGCCCGGGGCCGGGCCCUGGAGGUGCCCAGUGACCGGGAAGUGUCACACCCACUGCUUCGCAGACAUACCCCGCACAGGAACUCCCUGGAGGGCGGGCACACGGAGAGCAGCCUGAGCUUGCCCAGCGGGAUCCAGGCGUCCCUCACCUCCAUCAGCUCCCUGCCUUUCGAGGAGGAGGAGUGGGAGCUGGCGCUGCUCACCAAGCUGACCAAGUCGGCGUCGGCGCCCCAGAUCAGUAGCCCAGAGGAGGCCACUGAAGACGCGGGCGCCGUGCGGCCAGGCACAGGUCCUGCUGAAACUCCGGGCCAGCUGGCCAGCAGCAUAGAAGCCCCAGGACAGGGCCAUCCACCCAGCGAUGGGGGAUCCAGCAUCCAGGACACGGGGGUUGGCCCUUCCCUCGUGGAGGUGGCUCUAGACGCUGACCAGCAGGGCGCGGGUUACCUCGACAUCCCCCAGGAUAAAGGGGCUCGCGCUGACCCUCCAGGGCCCCGCAGACUUGAUGGCAGGACUGAGAACCCUCCAGGAGCUGGAACCAAAGGUGUUCACUUAGCAAUACCACGAGGCACAGCACGGGCCAGCCCGAGGGACAGAGCUUUUCCUGCAGUGCAGACGGAGGCCCCAAAGCGCAUGCCUGCAGACGCGGGUGUGGGGAGUAGCCCGGGGUCCCACGGCGGCAGGUCAGACAUGGCAAGCCUCCCUGACCACGCGGUGCCCGCACUGAGUCGCCCGCCCGCUGUGGAUGCCGCCGCCCUGGGGUCAACAGGCCAGCGGAGGGGCUCCCCUCGCAUCAUUGAGGAGGCGGCGUUUGGGAGAGGAGCUCACACCAUGGACCGGGGACACCAGGCAGGCGCCGCGUGCCCCGCUGUGACUCACUCCAUUCACUCCCAAAUCCUGGGACUCCAGGAGCCCAGGGCGGGCACUUCUGCCAUGGGGUCCCCCCUCGCCCCCGCAGAGGCCUUCUCUCCCGACAGCCUGAAAGCUGUAGAGGUCGUCAAUUUGUCUGUGUCCUGCACGGCCACGUGUCUCCCGUUCUCGUCGGUGCCCAAGGAGACCCCUGCCAGGGCUGGGUUCUCUUCCAGACAGACCCCCCUCCCCAUCACGCACCAGCCUCUGGGGUCCUUCGGGGCUGUUUCUACCCAUCCGAGCGCGCUGGAGGAAGGCGUCGGCGAGAGGAUGUUCAGUUUCUAUCAGGCCAAAGAGAAAUUUAAAAAAGAACUGAAGAUUGAUGGAUUUCUGUACAGUGACUUAUCGGUACUAGCUUCUGACAUGCCGUAUUUCCCACCAGAGGAAGAGGAGGAGAACUUGGAGGACGGGAUUCACCUGGUAGUCUGUGUCCAUGGCCUGGAUGGGAACAGUGCGGACCUCAGGCUGGUAAAGACCUUCAUAGAACUGGGGCUCCCUGGAGGCAAACUGGACUUCCUGAUGUCUGAGAAGAACCAGAUGGACACGUUUGCCGACUUUGACACCAUGACAGACCGGCUGCUGGAUGAGAUCAUCCAGCACAUCCAGCUGUACAGCCUCUCCAUCGCCCGGAUCAGCUUCAUCGGCCAUUCUCUGGGCAACAUCAUCAUCCGCUCGGUCCUCACGAGGCCCCGGUUCCGCUAUUACCUCAGCAAGCUGCACACCUUCCUGUCGCUGUCCGGGCCGCACCUGGGGACCCUGUACAACAACAGCACCCUGGUCAGUACAGGCUUGUGGCUCAUGCAGAAGCUGAAGAAGUCGGGCUCCCUCCUGCAGCUCACCUUCAGGGAUAACGCCGAUCUACGCAAGUGUUUCCUCUACCAGCUCAGCCAGAAGACAGGUCUGCAGUAUUUUAAAAAUGUCGUGCUGGUGGCUUCACCCCAAGAUCGCUACGUGCCAUUUCACUCCGCCAGGAUCGAAAUGUGCAAAACCGCCCUGAAGGACAGGCACACAGGGCCUGUUUAUGCAGAAAUGAUCAACAACCUCUUGCGCCCCCUGGUGGAAGCCAAGGACUGCACGCUGAUCCGGCACAACGUGUUCCACGCGCUGCCCAACACCGCCAACACCCUGAUCGGGCGCGCGGCGCACAUCGCAGUGCUGGACUCGGAGCUGUUCCUGGAGAAGUUCUUCCUGGUGGUGGGACUCAACUACUUCAAGUAGCAGCUGCCGGAGCCGCCCGGCCCGCCCAAGGCCCACCCGCGGGAGCUUGGCCCUUCCAGCGCAAAGCCGAGAGGAGGCCUGAGGGACACAGGAGGGCGGACCGGGACCCAAACUUCCAUUUGGGAGAUUUGGGAAAGCCCGGAACCACAGGGAUCAAAACAGGCUUUGCCCCAACUUGUCUGGCCACCUGGAGGCUCCUCCAUCCGAGAUGCUCUCUAGAGAAAAUAAAGCCACAGAACUUGGAGCUGGGGAGCCCGCCUUUGUAACCCGCAGCGGUUGGCAGGGGGCAGGCGCACUCCACCUUCGCCAGGCGUGUCCAGCGGGUGGCUAGCGCAUAGCUUUAUCAUUUUUCAAAUUAAAGUACGUGCAAACAAGCAUUUCAGAACUCAGGUUAACCUCUGUGCGGAGUGAACAUACUGGUGUAAAUAGGACCCUCCGUAGCCUCCAUGUGCCACCUUGUUCAAGGACAUGCAAGGCCUCGCUCUCCUCUCCUGUUUCCUCAGCCAAGGCGAAGGAAUGCUUUAGAGACCCCAAGUCCACGGCCUCCCGGCGGUGUGUGGGGGGGUGAUUGCAGGUGGGGGGGGAUGGAAGUGAUGCUAUAGAGGAACCUAGAGAGAGCUGGCCCACUAGCUGCCUCCCUCCUCCUCCAGACCUUGCUGCGCUCAGCCCCGCUCCAUGUGUUAUUGCGAUGGCUUAGUCUCUGUCCGUGGUCGGGAAGAUGGACUUGGACUAAAGCUGGCAGAAGCGGGCACCGAGACUGAUGCUCACGUGCGUGGCGCUCCGGCGGGUGUACUUCCAAAGAAAUGCUAGGUCAGCAUUGGACGCAAUUGCAGAAAAUUAAACCCAUGAACGUGGCCAGCGGCUCCUCCGUCCAUGGAGGGAGAAAGCAUCUAAAUGGAGGAAAGCUGGAUUCCACAACCUCAGGGGAGCUCAGGGAAGGUGCUGGGUGUCUUUCAAUAGCAAGGUCGUCUUGCCUUAGGGAACUAAAGGGCUAGGGAAGGUCACCAUGGAUAAAAAACAACAAAAACCCUACAAGACAGCAGGAGCGAUAGUGAGAUCGGAGGGAAGGACAAUGGUUAGGGGGAGGGUUCUACAUGCAUUAUUGGUAAGUGGCCUAAGGGAUAGUUUUGAAACUUACCAGAAUGUUUAAUCAGGUCCCCAAGGCUGAGUGCACCCUACGGGCUAAAGGAAGCCCAGAGAACCAUGACCGAGGAUGCGGGGAUGACUAACAUGGGGGACCCUUCUGCUGGAGGCGUGAGAGCAGACAGAGAACGCUGAGCAUGUCAUCAUCCCAGAACCCUCCUCCUGCUUCGGCAACAUUCCCUUAGAAAGUGUGGAAACUGGGCCCUGACCGCAGGCCAUGAAGCCAAGCAAACUCGGGCUCGCCCCUCCCAUGGCCACAGCGUGGUGUUGGAAACCCCGUGCAGAGGCUGGGAGAUGUGUGCAGAGAGGCGCCUUUGCAGGAGAGCAGAGUGGGCCUCGAGAAAGAACGAGAGGGGGGCAGGUGAUGGAUGAUCUGCAAAGGCAGAUCCCACCAAGGGGUGAGGGCUUCCCUCUGGGCCUCCGAUCUCUCAUCUGUUCUUUCUGUCUGGGGGGCAGGGGGUCCUUUGGGUAUUAAGUUCCCGAUGGGCAUAGACUCCGCUACCCACGAGCAGUGCCAGCCUCCCCCAGGAGGGAUUCGGUUCCUGCAGCGGAGCGCAUGCUGCUAUACGCCCUGCCUGGACUAGCGCCCCAGCCAGGGCAGGACCCCAGGUUUGUAGCAACUCCUUUUCCGGCCAGAGGGGGAGUCCGUGCAUUUCACUGUGUGCUCCCACUUCCAUCAGCACCGUGUCAUUCCCUGGUCGUCAGAAGACCGACCGCAUCGCCGGUGGUCAGGGUGACUCUGAUGACUACUGUCCUUCCCCAAAACCAGAUGCCAUUUUUAACUACAAUCUGCUGUCUGGACCUCACGAGAACUCAUGGCAAUAAACGUCCAGCCGCAUGGGGCGCCUCUUUUUUACAGGGGAGCUCCGCUGUCUUUGUAACCCCACUCUGGCCUCUGAGCAUCCAUUCUAACUGUAGAAAGUCCAUCCCUGUAUGUAAAUAAGAGUGCCAAGUGUCACAUGUCUUGCCUCAUUUGAAAAGCGUUUUUUAUGUCUCUUUCUAUUGAAGUAUAGAUAUCUAAUAUAUAUACAUGUGUAUAUGUAUAUAUAUACAUAUAUAUACACACAUAAUAUAUAAAUAUAUAAUGUAAAACAGUGACAUUCUAUUAUUGAUGAUAAAAAUUAUAAACAAAAUGCCUGCCAAGAUAAUGGUGUAGUCUGUUGUCAUUCUCAGCAUCUUUUUUG